GUCUUUCUUCAUUUGCCUCUACACCCGCAAUCAUCCCCAAGUCCACUUCCACCGUCUUUCGCUACACAUCCCGUUGUGCACAUUACAGCUCACGCCUCCACAUCUAAACGCACCUACACCCACGACACCCCUUCUAUAAAGAAAUCAGACCAGACAUGUCUACCUACGUUCAGCCCGUUGCCCCCACCGAAGGCCGUCUCGGCCACUUGACUCCCGAACAGACCGAGAAGCUCCAGCAGUUCUGGGUCCGCCUCUACGACAUCUUUGACGGCAAGACCCAGUUCGACCAGACCGCCCCCUCGUCCUUCAAGGGCCAGUCCCGUGAUGAGGACGCCCCUGCCACCCCCUCGACCGAGAAGAAGGGCUGGUUCGGCCGCGGAAAGGCUACCCCUGCCUCUGAUGCCGCUGUUGUCAAGUCCGAGCCUGCUCCCCGCUUUACCGGUGAGGACCUCAAGAAGACCUUCUGGAAGCUGACUAUGAUGGACCACCCUGACUUGAUCGUCCUCAAGUUCAUCCGUGCCCGCAAGUGGAACCUGGAUGAUGCCAUGAAAAUGUUCUUGAACGCCCUGAAGUGGCGCAUUGUCGAGCGCCUCGACGAGUUGGUCGAGCUUUCGGAUGUGGAGUUGGAUCAGAAGUAUCCCAAGUUCAUUGAGCAGAUGCGCGUCGGAAAGGGCUACCUCCGUGGUGCCGAUCCCCUCAACCGUCCCAUGUCUGUUGUCAACACCCGUCUCCAUCACAAGAGCGACCAGCCCCCAGAGACUAUCCAUCGCUUCACUCUCUACACCAUGGAGUGCGGCCGCAUGUGCCUCCCCCAGGGUGCCGAAACUGUCAUCGUCAUCUUCGAUCUUUCCAACUUCGGUCUCGACAACAUGGACUGGGGCUUCGUCCGCCUGUUCGUUCAGUGCUUCGAGUCCUACUACCCCGAGACCCUCGGAGUGUGCGUUGUUCACCGUGCUCCUUUCGUCUUCUGGGGUCUCUGGAAGCUGAUCCAGCCCCUCCUCGACCCCGUCGUCGCCUCCAAGUUCGUCUUCACCCGCAACAACGCCGAGUUGCACAAGGUCAUCCCUCGUGAACGCCUUCCCAUCGUCCACUAUGAAGGUCUCGAUGACUGGAAGUACGAGUACGUCCCCGCCACCCCCGGCGAGAACGCCCCCAUGAAGGACUUGGCUAAGAAGGAGGAGUUGCUCAAUGAGCGUCAUGCCUUGGAGAACAAGUUUGACGCCGUUACCCGUGCCUGGAUCAAGAACAUCAAUGGCAAGAACUCUUCGGAACGUGAUGAGAUUGCCCAGGAGCUUAGGGAGCAGUACACUCGCUUGACGCCCUAUGUCCGCGCCAAGAACUUGUACCAGCGCUGGGGCGUUUCUCACGACGGCCAGGUCACCUGGACCUACAACGUCAAGGCCUAAGUAGCAAGCGCGGGAGGAAUGCAGGACAUUCCGAAUCUUAAAAGAAGAGAACGCCAAGGACAGAACACAUGGAGAAUUAUACCCUUGCAGCUGGAUCGAAAUAUAUUCCUAGGAUACCCCUCUCUACGCCACCAGAUAGAGAGACAGGGAAAUGCAAGGGUGGGGAAGCACUUGUAAAGUAAAUAUCUCAAU